GCCUACAGAGCUUAUAUAUGUCUAACAUUGGAGUACACCUUACAGGGUUUGAGAGACGAGAGGACGUUUGAACAUCAACAGACAUUCAAAUCUGUGGCAGAUAGCAAAUUUGCUUUACUUAUUCUCCUGAAGAAAAAAUAAUCCUCUAAAUAUGGAGUGGCAUAUUAUGAACGUAGAUGGGAUAAACAGCCUGUCCAGUAACCUCGGAAUGGUGGAGGACGGGGUGUAUAUUCCCUCCAGUAACAGCCAAGCAAUCCUUGAAGAAAAUUUGGAGUUCCUUAUGAGAGAUAACAUGGACAAGACCUACAGAAGACUGCUGUUUAAUAACAAAUUCCCAGAAAAGGAACUGGUCCCAUUGAUCAAGUACAUCAGAGAUGACCACACAAACCUACAGGAAGCAUUGAGAUUGAUGAUCCUGUUGACAAAUCCUGUGGAGUAUGACUAUGACACAAAUGAAAGGACCAAACCACCAUGGGCUAUUGAGCUUGAGAGUGCAAUCAAAGAUACUGUUGAAAAAUGCUUCUGUAAAACAUUUGUGACAGCUAUCGUAGAGGAAAUGAAACUUCUUCUAGAAGAGUCUGGACCAUACAGCCUAACGGACGACGGAGUCGCGGCAAUCAACAAAUGUCUUUUCAUGAUUCGUAAUCUUCUAUACAUCAAGGAGUCCAGUCCUGACCAGUCCACCAUAAUGCAGCACGUUGAGCGAGUGAAACUCUUGUUUGAUUGUGGCUAUGAAGAAGUCCUAAUCUCUCUACUACAAAAGAAAGAAGUGAGGAAGUGGAGUAACGGUCUGAUGCAAGUGAACUGGCUGAUUUAUAAAGGAAAGUUAGAUAUGCUGUUUUCAAACGACUUUGACAAGAUGAAUUGGGAGCCAAUGCUAGAGUGUCUGCCAGUAGAAGGUGGAAGAAUGUCGGAUAUAGAUGGUUCAGAGGCGGGGGCUUUAAAUCAUGUGUUCACCAACACAUGUAACAUCUUAGAUGGCAAAGAUGAUGGCAAGCAGAUGCAGCAGGACACAAGUGAUGAAUGUGAUGACAGUUCCAUCUAUAUUAAAUCAUCUAUGUCACUCUUGACACCCAAUGUCAUAUCAGAGUUCAGAUUCCGACUGAGAUUGUUUACCACAAAGAUAUUGAGCAAUGGUUUCAUGGUUGUCUUUGCUAACAUAUUGGAACAGUUUAAGACCAAAGACAAUGUCCUUGAUGAAGCUUACCUUUUCUGGGAGUUAGCAUUGUUCAUGAGAUUUGCAAAAACGAAAAAGUUACCAUUAAAAUGUGUCAAACACGUGUUGACCGAGGACAUGGUUGGUUAUCUUGUCUACCAGUGCUUUAUCAGGGCUGAGGAAGUCUUUGUUCAUAAAAGUUCGCAGAAGAAAGAACCACAAAAGUUAAAGCUGUCGCUCUGUGCUCUGAGAGAAAUUCUGGAAUUCCUGUAUAACCUGCAACAAGAGAGCCCUGAAGAUCAGGAUGAAGAAGAGAAGGAAUACGUCCAUCAUUUCCACAAGAAACUUGCUUCUAUGACAGAUCUGCCUAAUCUGUUGUUGUACAUGAUUCGUCACUGCAUUGUGGAGUUACUCGGAAUGUCAUUCCUGGAGGAUUUGGUGCUCACUAAUCAUCUUCUCCUGUACUUUCUGGAUUGCUGGAUUAACUCUGGACUUUGUCAGAACUCUUUUGUCAUGCUUUCCCAUAUCAAAAACUUUGCUACAUAUGGCAUUAUGGAGAAGUAUGGCCUAUUACUGGAACAUUUCCUCAACAAUUCUGUUGAGGUUAACAAUUGUGUAUUGACCAUGAUGCACCAUGUAGCUGGCCAGUGUGGCUCUCCACAUGUUCUCCUGCAGAAACCAAUCCUUGACACCUUCUUGGAGAUUAACGACCAAGACAUUUUUGUAUCAGAUGAGGUAGAUGAUCUCAUUGAAUUCAUCAUCAGGAAGUUCAUAGCUACAGCAGAAGAGGACCCCUACCAGUGUGCUGUGAAUAUGUUCAGCAAGCCUGAUGGCAGUGGAUGCGACAAUCCUGACAUGGAGAUGACAACUUCAAAGGCUUCUGUAAAAGUGGAGUGGUCAUCUGAAGACGAUGAUAUCCUCAUUAUGGUGUACAUGGAGGCAGAAUGCAAGUCUAAAGUAGUUGAAGAUAUCCUCCGUCACUUCAAGGAGUUAGACAUGGAAAAGACUACAGAGCAGAUUGUAUGCAAGUUGAUUGACAGUGAGUGGAUGGAAGAGGAAGAAAAGGCUAAGAUUCUUGCUGCCUAUCCCGAGUGCAAGCUUCAGCCAAUAGACAAGACGUCAGUUGCCAGUCCUGAUAUCACCAGUUGUGCAAAGAAACGUAAACAUGACUCAGAGAAGGACUGGAUUCCAACCUGUGUUCAAAGACUUCAGGACUCGGGACUAGGCAAUGGAAUAUCCUGGCUUCAGGGUCUUCUCUGUGAGGCAGCUUAUGUUAAACUGAAUCAUGACUAUCUUCCUGAAGAGGCAACCCAAGAGCCUAUAACCAAAUUCCACAUUUUAUGCAACAAAUCUAUUCCACUUGUGUCUUUCACUGAAGAACAGAUUAGUUUCCUUAGGAACAAGCUGUUUUGUAUCUUAUUGGAAAAUCUUGGCAUCCUCAUGCCAGAGAAUGUCAGUUGUCAACACCCACGAAUUCCACAAAUCUGGAGCCCAAAACAUUUGUUUGACACUGCACAGAAGCUAGGAUCAUUGGAUGAAGUGUCUCUGAAGUUUGACAAGUUGAUUAUAAGUAAAAUGCAGGAUGAGGACUUUUACAACCUGCCAGAAGCUGAUGACGUCAUCACAAGAAAAAGCCCAAAAAGGAAUGACUUUGACAGUUUUAAGUAUGUUUUUGAGUCCAAUGGUCUGUUGUGGACAGAUCUGAUUCAAAACUUCAACAAAGUAUGAUUGUCCUGUCUGAUGGAAUCAACUGUAAACAUGUGAACUUUCAUCUAAAUAUUGUCAGUGUCUGCAGUUUGGGCCCAAAGCGACUAGAAAGAUGUGAAAUGAACUAAAUAUUGUCACAGUGUCUGUAUAUAUAGUUUUCGACUACAGCUAUGAAGAUGUGUGAUGUUGACUAAAUAUUGUCAAAGUGUUUGCAAUUUAUGACUUAAAUCAGUUGUGAAGAUGUGUUGCUGUGAAGAAGUGUCAUUUUAACUAAAUAUUGUCAUGGCAUAAAUAUUUGAUGGCUUGAAUUGACAUUAUUUCAGUGUCCUGGUGUUGUAAAUAAAUUUUGCCUGGACAUUGCCGUGAGGACUUUAUCUGACUAAGAAGACACAAAGUGUCAUUGUUGUAGGUUAUAAUGUAAACCUAAAGAUGCUCUUCCUGUGUGAGAGGAGUUGUAACAAUGGCUGAAUGACUAUCAGUGAAGGGCAGAAGUUUGGAAUGAAGUAGUUCACAUAUUUCUGGCCAUUCCUUUGCCUCUUCAGUUUACAAGACUUUAGAUAAAACACUGUGUUAAUGAUUUUGCGUCUGUCCUUGUAUUGUACUGCAUCAUUUCUGGGUUUUAAAGUACAGAUUUUUUAAAAGCUCAGUUAUAUUUAUCUGUAGUCGAAAUGUGUAUUGUAUUCUGAAAAUUGCUACAUAUGACAAGUUAUUUAAAUUCACUUUCUGAUGUAUAUUUGAAAAUAAAUAAGUCAUAUGAUUGGGUAUUAAUUUCCAAAACUCUCCUCAGAUUUUAUUGAUAAAUAAAAAUAUAUUUAUAUACAUAUUUUUUUUUACUGGUGAAAAAUGCAUAUUGAGUAUGUGAGGAGAACUUAGAUUUAGAAAAUAUUUUAAAACUAUAUUUUAUCAAAUAUAUUAAUGACAGAAUGAUCAUAAUUGGGUUAUAAUGAUAAGUGACCUGUAGCGACAUGCCACUAAUUGAUUUGCACAACUGAAAAAUGUAAGAAAUACAUUGAGUUACUUAAACUCAUAAUUAAUCAUAACUGGAGAUAAUUUUUUUUAUUUUACAUACUAGAAAUAAAUUUAUCUUUUUUAAAAAAAAAAAUUCAAAAAAACUAAAUCAGAUUAUUUCAAACACAAAAGUGAACUACUUGUUGCACAUUCUAAUUUCUAUGAGCGUGUGAAUCAUGCUUUAGGUCAAAGUUCACCCAGUCAUCCAAUCAAAGCACAAAGUAUUUUAACAAAGUAACUUCCUUUCUCAUAAAAGAAAACAAGUUCAUAUAAUCGGAUUCUACUUAAUCAAUGAUGCUUGAAAUUUUUGCAAUGAUUAGUUUUUAUGGUAUUGAUUGGAUGAUAGGACAAAUGCAACUGAUUUUCAAAGCGUUUGAUAUUAGCAAAUAUGAUUGUCAAUAUAAUUUUUCAUAAUUGAUCAUCUGUACCUUAACACAUUCUUGUAUUUAAUAUUCAUAUUUAUGCAGCAUGAAAAUUCCUAUGGCCAAUAAUGUCCAUUUUUAUGUAAAUUUGAGGUAAGUGAGGUGUUAUAUGUUAAAAGUUACUAAGAAAGAAAAUAUCACUGCCUCAGAGAAUGCCUUCACUUUCUAGAAAUAUUGAACACACAGCUGUUGGUGUUGUCAUUAAUUAACUUCAUUGAAAAGCUGUUAAUCUAUUAGUGGUUUUAAACGAUUUCCCCUCACUAAUUGCUGAUGUUUGUUAACACGCCUGUACAGUUUGUUGAAUCAAAGAUAAGUUUUUUUAUGCCAAAAUCUUGAUGAGUGACCUUAUGUCAUGUAAUCGCCAGAAUUUCUUAAAAAUUGAUCCAAUAUCAUUUAGUAUGAUGAUAUUUCUAGGCCACUCUCAUCAGAGAUAAGCUUUUGAUGUUUCAGGAGUAUUAGUGUAUUGUUGUAGAUUUCUUGUGUUGUAUAAUCUAAAUGAAGAAUGCUUUAAAAAAAAAAAACAAAAAAAGAACAAAACAAGAAAAAAAAAAAUCUAAAAUCUGAGUUAAUUUAUGCUUCUGCCAUUUUAUGGGUAGAAAGUGCAGCUUUAACUGUUAACCACAUGUCAAUCCGUCCUGUUCCAUUAUGAAAUCCCAUUCCAAAGUAUUGUCAUAGCCUCUCAAAAGAUUCUACUUUACAUAGAAGUAGGGGAAUUUGUAAAUUAUUCUUUUUUGUUAUAGACUUAUUUCUUUGAUCUUGAUUCAUUCAGAAGGAUUUGGAAUUUCAAUCGAUUAAUUAAACUGUGCUUUAUCUGUCACUUUUAGGCGAAUUUCGAAGAAAAAAAAGUGAUAUUUGAAAUACGGAUUGAUUAUUUUAGAUACUGAUUCAAAAAAGACGUGCUGUCUUGUCAAAGUGGUGAAGAUUAGUUCAUCAAGUGUUUGAUUUGUCUAUGAAGAAGACAUCAGUACUUGUACAGACAUGUUUAUUGUAUUUAAGUUGACAUGAGCAUUGUGUGUUGAAUAAAAGCUAUAGACAAGGGAAAGUUUCCAUACGACAUGUGGUAAGACAUAAAAUUUUGGCAGAUUUUGAAACAUAUUCAAGUUUAAUUUGAAAUAAUUGAGCGAUAUAACUUAGAGGUGUGGUAUAUCAACAACAAAUAGUUAAAUACCGUGGGGAGUUUUUUAUUGUAAAAUCUAUGAGCAGCCAUUUUGUACUUUGGUACUGUUUGAAGUAAGAUAUCUGGUGUUUUAAGUUCACCUAUCAUCCCUACAAAGAGUGGGAGAACUUUUUUUUUCAUUAGUUGUGUAUAUUGUAUAUAUCAUUUUAUGAAGAACUGUGCAUUCCAUUGUUGUCAAGGUAAUCGUUUAUCUGGUUUGAAACAAGCAUUUCCAUUGGUUAAUUAUUAAUGUUAUCCCCUUAACAUGAAAAAUAGGUUUUUUUUUGUUCCUUUGCUAAAAUUAGCUAUAGGAGUUGUGUGUCAAUUUCUCAAAGAAGGAGUCUCGGACAGCUGAACAUCUUUUCUUAAUUGUAUUCGAGCUGGAUUAAAAGACAAACUUGACAUGAUUCAAUCUGAGAGUAUACUCUUCAAAUACCCACCACAUUUUUUGUGUUAUUGGUUGAUGUCAUGACGCAUAUAUUGUAUGGUAAUAUUUAAAUUGUUCUUUGUUAAAAUGCAAAAUAUGAAAUGUUUUACGGUUUUGAAGGCUGUGAUAUAUUUAAUUGUCCAACAUUUUUGUGUUCUAUAAAUUAUCUGCUCCCUCUUAUUCCACUCAUCCAUCAACUCCUCCAAUUUCCUUUCAUCAAUCAACCCCUUCAGUUUCCCCUCAUCCCUCCACCCUUUCUUAUUCCCCUCAUCCAUCAACUCCUCCAAUUUCCUUUCAUCAAUCAACCCCUUCAGUUUCCCCUCAUCCCUCCACCCUUUCUUAUUCCCCUCAUCCAUCAACCCACUAUAAUUACUAUUUUCCAUCAACCCUUUUUUAAUUCUCUUUAUUCCAUCAACCCCUCCAAUUUCCCCUGAUCCCUUAAUCCUUUCUUAUUCCCCUCCUCCAUCAAGCCCUUCAAUUUCCCCUCGUCCAUCAAGCCCUUCAAUUUCCCCUCCUCCAUCAACCCCUUCAAUUUCCCCUCAUUCAUCAACCCCUCAAAUUUCCCCUCAUCCCUUAACUUCUUAUUCCCCUCAUCUGUCUACCCCUACAACUUCCCCUCAUCCCUCCAUCCUUUUUUAUUCCCCUUUCAACUCCCUCAAAUUCCCCUUAUCCAUCAUCCCCUUUCUUUUCCCCUCAUCCAUCAGCCCCCUCUAAUCCUUCUCCAUGGACAUUUCAGUAAAUUUCAGCUACAUACAACCCUUUCAAACAGUUGGAUGGGACAAUCCAGAAAUUCAUGUCUUCAUCCUUCAUCUCAUUUACAUCCUAGUUUUUGAUGAUUGAAUUCUUUCAUAACAUAAAGAGAUGUUCAUUUUAAACUUUAAUAUCAUAGAUUGGCUUAGGACGGGGUUAGGACCUGCUUUCUUUGCAUUAUUUCUUAUCUAGACGUGCUUGUAUCUUCAUGUUUAAUUCGUUUCUUUAUCGUAAAACAAUAUUUUCACCAAAACAUUCUUCACAACACAUAUCAUCAGUAAUUUUAACUAGUGAAUCAUGAGUAUUUUCAUAUUGAUGAUACUUACUGGAGUCUAGUGUUGUUUUAUGUGUUUGACUCGCCCCAAACCAAUGGUCCAUCUGUCAACAGUUUCAUAGAAAUGCCUUCAGUUGGCUCAUGUCGAUAAUUUAAAAUCAGCUUGAUGUGUUUCGACCAGAUCUCAGCAAGAUCAUUGUAUAAUGAAGAGAAGAAUGACACCGCUUCAUUUGACAGUUAUAGUUAUAUAAAUGCCAACUGGUCAAAAGAAAAAUGUUCAUAUAUGAUUCUGUUUUCAACAGUUGGUCUUUGAUAUUGUUUGUUGAUUAUUUGUCAGGUGAAAAAUCCAUAUAUACAUUGUUGUGGAAAGUGGUGUGAAGUUGUAAUGACAAAGGGUGCUAGCACCUGGUGCAGGAGGACAAGAGAUCGAUCAGCAUCAAGCAAAAGUGUUCUAUAUGAGUGAUAGAUCUAGAACAACUUCAACUAAAAGCAGUAUUAUACAAAUUAGGGUGUUCCCCAGGGAGACAGCCUCUUUAUCAAAUAUACUAUAUAUUUGGGAAAUUUGCCUAUUUUUGAAAUAAUCGAAUUGGGAUUGGGGUCUCCCAGAAAAAACCUUGCAAAUGGAGGUUGUGGACAUUUUGGGGGGAGGGAAGAUAUUGUGUAUUUUUGGAAAUAAAAUUAUUCUCUCUUCACAUAUAUUUUGAAUAGAAAUAACUGUGUGUAUCAUUGAUCGUGUCAUAUGUAUUGUGGAAUGGAAGAGUUUGGCUAUUGAUCUGAUCUUCAGGAAUGGAAUGAUAUUUACAUAUUUGUUUUACAGCAUUGUGAAAAGGUAUACAGGUUAUUUUUUACAACGAUUGUGAACAAAGAUAAACUGGACUAUACCGUUUAGUCACUUAUUUUUGAGUGGAUGGGUUAUUUUUAUGGUACAUUCAAUUGACAGCGAACAUUUAAUUGGUCUACUAAUGAGAUGCAUGUUUAUGAGAUGUCCUUUUAUAUUCAAUUUUUUAGAUCUCAAAAUUUUAAAAUUGUUAGAAAAUAUAAUAUGUCCCAAUUCUGACCGUGAAAGUUACUGUACUAUUAAGCUCUGGUUGUUGAUGUUUAUAGUACUGAGUAUUAUCACCAUUGUACCUAUGAGGGGAAUUUUGGGGGUUUUUUUUUAAUGAAAAUGAGAUUGUGGGACUUUGUAGACAAAAUUUUUACUUGUAUGUUUUCAAACAAGAAAUGCAAUGAGUAUUCACAUUCUUGUCAUUGUUGACAUGCUGUAUGACAAAUACUUAAUUUAUUGCAUUACGGGGCUAGUGCACCUGCCCAUCUAGAUUUAGACAUUUGUUUGGAUCACUUUGGAUUUUCUUCAGUCACUGACAGUCCUAGACAAAUCCUAGAAGGAUGAAACAGCUGUAUGAUGUAGUUUAAUUCAUUAUUCGGCUCUACUGUAUCUAACACUUAAUUAUCAAAAGGUGCUAUUCACUUGCGUGUCUUUUGUACAAUCCUUAGACAAACAUUUGUCCUGGACUAAAGACAUCUUGAUAAGAAAAGAUAGUGGUUCUCUGGUUAGACAGGUUAUUUUACCUUAAUGCUAUCAAGUAAGAGAAAUGUCCUUGGGAAAUUUUCCAGGGCAAAUUGCAUCUCGAUUGGAAAAGGCUGGUGCUUUGUGUAGAUGCUGAAUCUCCCUACAUUUUAGUAGGGGUGGUAUGUGGGGAUUGUGCAAUAUUAUUGUAGCAGAGACAUAAGUUGGACCAUAUAAAAUAAUAUGUUUGUGUAUAUAUAGCUCUGUUUUGGAAAAUAUGCCAGACAAAAAGUUACAUUGUUGUAUUAACUUCAGUGAUACCAGUUAUCUCUAUGUACUGGAUGGUUAUAUGGAAUGUUUGGAGUACAUUCGUUUGUUGAAUACAGUAAAAUUGUGUAUUUUCUUGGGACUAAAAUUUCCUGGUUUUAUGAAACAAUGCAUUCUCAUCGGCACUUGGUUUUGUGGAUGAAUAAUUCUCACGAAAUCAACAAGGUACUAAAUUCCAUGUCAAUUUGCAUAUAUUUCCUAUUUCGUGGACAUACAAAUUCGUGGAUUAAGAGUAACUACACAUUCACUGUCACUGAAAAUAAACUCCCAGGGAAAUUAAUGAUUCUGCAGUAUUGAUAUUUAUUUAUUUAUAAAUGUUAUAAUGUUUCUGUGCUAUGAUCUGGAAUAUGUUGAUGUUGUAGAAAAUAAAAUUCCCAAAAUAAA